CCCUAGCCUUAAGCGUACAGAACGACCUGCGUACGGGCCGAUGUUCCGGGCGUCGCACUGGGCCGAUGGCCAUGGCGCACAGCCCUUGCGCACAGGUUUUCUUCCGUACGACCCAGACAAAGCCAUUUGUGCUGGUGGUGGUGCAUGGUACGACUGUCGGCUGAACAAGUGGGGGGAUGAUGUUGUUGCUUGCGAGAAAUGGUGUGGGCUUCCUCCCCUGCUGCCGGUGUUCUGGCAAAAGACGAUGUUCACGGACUGCGGCUUUGAGAACGCUCAUCCAGAAGACGACGGUUUGCAUCCGCCAGUGCUUGACAUUUUCCCAUCGGCCAAAGAUGUCCUGGGCAACGCAAUGAAAUACGAACCCUGGCGUGGCUGGCCCUUCCGCACAAAAUAUCCCAUGGAGUUCAAUGACUACGGAGGGCUGCCUCCUGACAAUGAGCGCCAGAUUACGAAGAUUUGCUGCAACAAGCCUUUGCGGAAAUGUCUCACGAUUGGCGAGCCCACCGUGGUGGUCCGAUUAGCGCCGAUCUUAGGAUCACCACACUGGGCCUUUUUGCAGGCAAAGAAGCGUCAGCGUCAGAAGUGGCUGCCCCACAAUGGUGCCACUGAGCACUUUCUUUGACACUGCUGGCUGAGCCCAGGGCCAAAGCUGCCGUCCGGUCAGCGCGCGAGAAAAAGCGCGCGGUGAGAGGGCUCCACACAAUUCCAUGAAACGCCAAACGAUGUAUGGUGUGGAAUUUUGCUACAAAGCAUUGCCCAGUGCUGGAGAUGAUGAGCUGCAGCUUCUACCGCUUCAGUUACUGUAUAGUAACUUAGAAGACUUUCUAGAAGAGAUGAUGCCUUGAGCCAUGUCACAAUGUGAUGCACAACGGGGAUGUUGCUCCAACACUCUUGUCAUCACUUGUCCCUUGCAAGUUGAAGCCACCUCAGACUUGCAC